AUGUCACCCAAGGAUGCUGAGAAGACAGCCUUUCGAACUCCAUAUGAGAAUUUUUAUUACACGGUCAUGCCAUUUAGUCUCAAGAAUGCUGGCAUUACCUAUCAAACUGCUACGACAGCAUCAAAAACUAAGGAAAGCCAUCGAGAAGUUUUGGGAAGGGUGCUAGAAAGGUGCUGGCUGUACAGGCUGAAGAUGAAUCCAAAGAAGUGCGCUUUUGGAGUUUCAUCUGAUAAAUUCUUGGGGUUUCAAGUACACCAGCGUGGCAUACAUGUGGAUCCUGAAAAAACUAAGGCCAUAAAUUCUCUUGCGCCACCUACAAACUCAAAGGAAUUAAAAAGCUUCAUGGGGAGAUUUUCGUAUAUUCGACACUUCAUCCCUAGUCUUGCUACCACCAUGAGUGUUUUUACUCCCUUACUUAAGAAGGGCAAGCCGUACGAAUGGAGCAAGAGGUGCCAAGAAGCCUAUAAGCAAGUGCAACAAAUAAUCACCAAGCUGCCCACCUUGAGAGCACCUAUUCCGGGACUUCCACUCAAGCUUUAUUUGGCUGCGACAAACACAGCGGUUGGGGCUUUGCUUACCCAAGAUGAUCAUGGUGGGGAAGAGAAUCCCAUUUAUUAUGUGAGUAGGCAAUUAAGGGGAGUUGAAACGAGAUACCCAAAAACCGAACUCUUGUGCCUUUCUCUUGUCUUUGCUGCACAGCGCUUGCGACAUUACUUCCUUGCUCACAAGCUACGGCUCAUAGUGAAGUCUGCCCCCGUAAGAUACUUGCUCACGAGGCUUGUGUUAUCUGGACGUCUUGCACGUUGGUUGCUAUAA